CAACAAGGAAGUUGAUCCAGGAACAUGUCGUACUUGGUGAAAUCAUGCUCACCGUCAAACCAUUAUCCUGUGCAUGAUAAUGGAGAAACUUGAGAGUGGAAAACUUAAGUCCCCACAUCUUAUAUAUUUGCAUAGUAAAAUUAUACAGAUUGCAUUUUAUCCAACAUGUUUCCAACUAUGUCUAAAUAGCAAACAAACAAGAUUUGAAUAGGCAAAUUCUGAAAACUGAUUGCAUGAACUUUCAAUACUGAUUGUUACAUACACAGUACAUAUGACAGCAAAUGCAGUCUCAGUGUGUACAGUAAGUGACACGCAUAAGCUUUAUAUUCACCAUAAGCGAAAAAUAGAGAUAAUAUAGUCAAUUCACAACAAAUCUUGUUUUAGGUUUGUGUAAAACUGUGGUAAACAUGGUGCAUUUCUCUCAUUUUACCUAAUUUGUGUUUUCAGCUUUGAACAAAGCCUGCUCUGAUUCACCCCCAUAAAGUCACUUUGCAUAAGAGAUUGAGUCCCUGUUUCUACAUAAAACAAUACACAUCUCGCCAGACCUCAUAUCAGUGCAGGACUCUGCUUUGUGUACUUCACUCUCUGAAGAGCAACAUCAUGACCCUCGUUGGGCAAGUUCUUUUUUUUGUCGCACUUUUGAUAGUUGGUGUUUCUGGAAACAUUUUUAACCUAAUUUUUACUAUACAACAGCAAGUGAAGACCAGGAGCGUUCAGACUGUCAAUUUGAUCCUAAACGUCAUCUCCAUCAACAACAUUAUCUUGGUACUCGCCACCUUCGUGUUGGUGGUUAGUAUCUUUCAGGAUCCCCUGAUUUGGUGCAUCAGGCCAUAUCCUUUAUCUAUUCGGACUGAAAUAUAUCUAAUGAUGAGUUGUAGCUUUAUCAGCUUCUGGGCCAUUGCAUGGCUGAGUCUCUUCUACUGCAUCAAAGUUGUGAAUUUCUCCUCUGAGUGCUUCCGAGCACUAAAGAGGAACAUCUCCUCUGUGAUCAACGCUGCAGUGCUGCUGAGCUGUGUGUUCUCCUCCUUGUUGUUCUUUCCUAUGUUCUCACUCGAUGCAGCAGAUUCAAUGGAACAAAAUUACAACGUGAACGACAUUGGCAACUUGACCUGUCCACUGCCCUCCUUCACUAUACAGAUGAACGCAAACGCAUACGCUGCUGCUAUUCUUUGCCUCCUCUGCCCGAUCCCUCUGACGAUCAUGCUGCCUACCUCUCUCAGAAUGGUCAUCCAUCUAUGCGCCCACACGCUGGCUCUCAAGAAGAACCAGACCCAGGUGCAAGGAUCUGACUCGUACCUCCUGGUGUGCAAGAUUACUGUCUCCCUGGUGGGAGUUUAUAUGUCCACUCUGUGUAUCGUGGCUUUGUUUAUCAUUAUAAGGUUAAUUGGGCUGUCUAUCACCUACCACAUCUUAGCAAGUGCCUUUAGUUUUUACAGUGGCAUGACUUCUCUCCUUCUGACAGCUUCAAACAGGUAUCUGAAAGAGAAGCUCUGGAGUCUGUUCUGCUUUUGGAAGGCAGAGGAACAAAGUAGUAAAAGCCAGACAGUUGUGACAGGGGAUGUGUGAUCUGAUAAAGACAGUCUACUUCAGGGACUUGAAUUCUUCAAAUCAAAAACCUCUUGUUUUAAGUCUCUUAAAAAUAAAGAAAGUAAUAGUAAGUAAUAAGGUAAACAUAAAAUUAAGAUUUAGUCACUUUGGAUAAAAUCAUCUGCUAAAUGAAUGCUUGUAACUGUUCCUAAUUGACUUUAUACUACAGUUGGCUGAAUAGUGAGGAGAAUAACCAACACAGUUUCAUAACAAUUCUUAACUAUUUUUAUAUUUUGGUGAUUUGGUUGCUAAUUUGUUUGAAUCUCACUCUUAUGUUUUCGUAUGAUCUGAUUAUGUGGUUAUGUUUAGGGAUAGACCAUCAUGCUUAAUUUUGAACAUUUCUAAAAUGUUAUUGUUAGAUUCACAGUGCAUGAUUCCAUACAAAAUCACCAACUCUUAAAAUAUGUAUGUUUUCUUUUGCAGUCGGGUUGGAAUAACUAGAAUCAAGUUAGUAUUUGUUUAAUUUAUUCAAAUAACAUUUUCAAUUCACAUUAUGUAUCGUAAUGAAUGUAUCUUGCUGUGAUAAAACCUUUUUUGUAUUGUGAUCUAUGUAGACAGACAUAGUCAUAUAUUUUACUGUGAAAAAUAUCAAUAAAAAAUUCUGUUCCUAAGCAACUGAAAAUAGCUAAAGACUAUAUUACUCAUAUCUCAUACUUAUACUGCAUUUGCUGUUACAAGUUUGGAUAAGACUUUAUUUUAUAUAAUGACAAAAAUACUUAAUAACAAUAUGAACAAUUAUAUAAUAACAAUAAAUUAUGCAUAAUUAAAUGCAAGUAAGCCAAACCCUA